AUGGCCGAGCGCGCAGCGAGAGCCCCUCCAGGCGCAAUGGACGCCGUUACGCAGCAGAUUGGCAACACCCCUCUCGUCCGGUUGAACAAAAUCCCAAAGAGCCUUGGAAUCGAAGCCACCGUUUACGCGAAACUAGAGUUCUUCAAUGCCGGAGGAAGCGUAAAGGACCGAAUCGCCCUCCGUAUGAUCGAACAGGCCGAACGCAGCGGAAGGAUAAAGCCCGGAGAUACGCUGAUUGAACCCACCAGUGGAAAUACCGGGAUUGGGUUGGCCCUCGUCGCGGCGGUCAAGGGAUACAAGGCCAUUAUUACCCUACCGGAGAAGAUGUCUGCGGAAAAGGUCGCUGUUCUCCGCGCACUGAAUGCAACGAUUAUCCGUACACCUACCGAAGCAGCAUACGAUUCUCCAGAAUCCCAUAUUGGGGUAGCUAAGAGGUUGGAGAAGGAGUUGCCGAAUGCCCAUAUCUUAGAUCAAUAUGGCAACGCAGAUAACCCGCUGGCUCACGAGUACGGCACCGCAGAGGAAAUCUGGACCCAAACUGACGGGAAGAUUACGGCGAUUGUUGCCGGUGCAGGCACUGGAGGGACCAUCACCGGUCUCUCUCGUGGUCUGAGGAAGCACAACCCCAAAGUGACGGUCAUUGCCGCCGACCCACAGGGCUCAAUCCUGGCCGUGCCGGAAGCUCUAAACGAAGAACACAAAAAUGAGCCCUACAAAGUUGAAGGAAUUGGAUAUGACUUCAUUCCAGACGUCCUUGACCGAGACUCCGUGGACAAGUGGUACAAGACUGCAGACAAGGAAUCUUUCCAAUACGCCAGACAACUGAUUGCUGAGGAGGGUCUCUUGGUGGGUGGAAGCAGUGGAAGUGCCAUCGCUGCGCUGGCACAGGCAUCGAAAGACUUCAAAUUUCAGAAAGAUGACGUCGUUGUCGUUGUUCUUCCCGAUAGCAUUCGAAGUUAUUUAACAAAAUUCGCCGAUGACGACUGGCUCGCAGCCAACGACCUUCUCCCAGCCACCCCAGCUACCAUCCCCCCGUCUCCCGAAGUCCAACCUAAAGGUUCCCGGGAUCAAUUCGCCGGCGCCAAAGUGAGAGAGCUCAGACUCAAGCCCGUGACAACAGUAUCAUCCAACUCCCCCUGCGAACUCGCCAUUGAAACCAUGCGCGAGAAGGGCUUCGACCAGCUGCCCGUUCUAGCCCCUGCCGGCCGCCGCCUCGUCGGCAUAGUCACCCUCGGAAACAUUCUCAGCUGGAUCGCCCGCGGACGAGCAACAGGCAAAUCUCCCGUUUCUGAACUCAUGUUCGAUUUCUCAAAACUCUCAGAGGUAGUCACAGACCCUCGCGCUUUGAGCGGGCUGGACGUGUCCAACCGACAAGGCAAAGGCCGCAAGUUCGUUGAGAUCACGCGUGACACUCCACUCAGCACGCUGAACAGAUUCUUUGAAUGGAAUAGUGCUGCAGUGGUCACUGAGAAAGAUGAACAGGGGAAUAUGAAGCCCGUGGCUGUUGCUACCAAGGUCGAUUUGCUCACAUGGUUGCUAAAUCAGACUAAACUGAAUGCUUGA